GUACUAAGUAGUUGUUCAACAAGGAGGUGUGACUUACUAUCCAUUGAUCAUAUGGAGGAUCUCGUUUCUUUUCGCGAGAAGCAAUAGUAAUCCACGACCUGCAAGGUUUUUUGGUUCGAAUAUUCCUGGGGAAGGCGCUCCACACGUCACCAUCUUGUGGGGGCCGAACGAAGGUUCUGGAAAGAAAUAGCUGCGUAGUUCUUGCAGCUACAGCAAGAAAAACACGACAACAGAAAAGAUUUUUUGUGCCUUGGGGCCUUGUCUUCACAAUCACAAUGGGGACAAGUAAGGGGAAAAGCUAGAGGACAAUAAUUUGUUUCGCUGCUGUUCUGCAAUGUUAAUAUCCUCAAGGAAGAACAACUUAAAACCGCCGCAAUCAAUGCGUCCUUCAGAGCAAGUCUUUUGUUAAACCGGCAGGAGACAAGUUCAAGGUGUAACUGCAAAUCGAACCAGACCAUAGACAAGUCAUGACGGAACUCCAGCCACCGGACCUUCUCCGGUUGGGCGAGGAGCAUGUGCGGAGGCAUAUGAGGUUCUCAAACGUUACAUUCUCAACUGUUGCGUGAAUUUGUAAUGCAAGAAUGGCGAAAAUGAAAGAGGUGAUCUUGCGCGUCCUCUUGCAUGACAGGUUAUUUGACAAAGAUUCUCAGCCUGUUUGGCGAAUUUGUCACGCGAAGCAGCUAGGUUGUGUCGAUUGCGAUUCUGAUCGUAAUUUUGCGUGAUAGAUCAUGUAACAUCAGCUGAGACUGUAACACUUGAGAACGCCAUAAGGCAGCAGAUGGUGGUGGACGGGCACGACAGUAAGGACGCGGAUAAAUGGUUCAAGAAACAGUUGAUUUCGAAGCUGGAGAAGCAGUUCAACCGAAAAAUUGAGAACGUGCCGCAGUCAAAACUGCCUUUUCUAGUCCGUCAGUCCCUCACCGGUGGCUUGGCCCUUCUCCGACAGGCAGAGUCGUUAAAGGCAAACGCUGCGAGGAGGAAAAAGGAGGUUGAACAUAGAAGGUACGACAAAUAACGACGAUGAAUAAAACUUGACAGAGAUGAUUUUUCGGCUGGAGGGUCGUGCUGGACAAGUAGAAAGGGACUGAUUUGAAAUUAUUUUUCGGCAAGAAGUUUUUUUUUUUUAAAUACGGAACACCGGGAAUAGGAAAUUGAAGAAAAAUUCUACUAAUAUUAUACAGAUUCGACCGGGGCUUUUCCACGACGUCCACGCAGGGUUUUGUGGAAACUUUGAAAGGGAAAUACAUUAACGCGGUCCGCGGUUGGCGCGUUGCCUUCCAGGACGACGUGCUCGAGCACAUCGGCUUCCAGCAAUUUCUCAUUGGGUGCAGAAGAAUCGGCUACACUGGGAACAUCAAAUCGCUCUGGAAUCUGCUCGUCUCCCAGCCCGACCCGUCUAUGGGUGUAAACAACACCGGGACAGUUGCCGUGGCCGCGCAGCGGCAGGUGAGCAACAAAAACGCAACAAGCUCCCAGCUGGCGUUGCAGAACAAGCGGCAGACCAUCAGCUAUUUCGACGUGGACCCAACCGGGGUCCGGAAACUGCACUCCUUUGCGUGCAUGGUGGAGGAAACCGGCAAAGAGGAGGGGGGUCUAGACUUUGCGAGGUUAUGGAACAAGUACGCGAACGCGGGCGGAGCCAUGCGUUACGAAAUGUUCUACGAAUUUUUUUGCAACUGCGCAGAGACGUUUAACAGGAAUAGAACGGCGGCGAAAUUUCAACGGGGGAGCGGAGGAGCCAGGGUGGAGGAGGAAGGUAAGCGUAAGCUUGAUUUGAGGAAGUUUGAUACAUGCUAAUUUUGUGCUGGUACCAAGUGUAUGGCAAGUACACGUUGACAAAAACAAAGUAGGAAAACGUCGUCCACGGUUUGUUUCAUCGGGUGAUGUUCUCCUUGAGAAGCCACAGCAUUGAAAAUCAUGUUUCAACACCACGUAGUACUAGUGGCUCAUAAUCAUCCUAACUGUAACUCGAACUCCUCCUCCUCCUAUAUAGAUUACAACUUACUACACAACUCCGACCCGCAGGCGGAGGGCAAGACAGCUUACAGCACCACUCGGACGAUGAACACGAGGAAAAUAUUAACCAGCAGAUGAGCGCCGCCUUUCUCGAGGAUCCAAACUUAGUCCCGUUGACGGACCUAUGGGGUUCUCAAACGUUACAUUCUCAACUGUUGCAUGAUUUGCCAUGCAAAAUGACCAUGACCCGCCAGACGAUUAGACUGCUGCGCGUGGCAAAUUCUCGGACGGCUGAACAGCACGUGUAAAAAUCCGCACCAAACCUGUAAUGGUGCCAGACGCGCAAGGUUCUUCCUCUCACCUGUGCUAGUCUUUUCAUGUAACUGUUGACAAUGUGACGUUUGAGAACGCCAUAGCACCCGAAGUUGGAUUCGAAGGUAAUUUUCGGGGCCUUGAACUUCGAGUAUGACUGUGUCAUCGCGACAGACGAGUUCAUGUACCUCUUGAAGUUUUUGCAGUUAAAACGGCACAAGCACAAGGAGCCGCACAACCUCCACGCAUUUCGCCGGACCGAGUCACUGCAGAUGCGGAGAAAGAAGGAAAAGGACUGGUAAAAAUAGUUUAGUACUCAGGCUCACAAGAAGAUUCAUAUUUACAUGCAUAUUCUUGUUGCAAUCGGUAUCAGAAGAUUCAUAUUUUCAAGAAUUGCAUGUGCAGCCCCAUAAUAUGAUCAAGUACUUUUUUGUUUUUCUAACGUCUGCACAUGACUACUGCAUGAUGCACAAGUAGAUCAGUAACAAAUCUAGCUGUCGAAAACGCACUCCUGCACAGGUACCUGGAGUCACAGUUCAAGAAAAUGAAUUUUUUCGUGCACAAAGUCGACGACUUUUUGGCGGCUUCGCUGAAGAAGCAGUUUCAGCAGCUGCUGGAAACCCGGUGCGGCUCCGUCACCAUCGGCUGGCGCGUGUAUUUGGACCCCGAAUCACAGGGUUUCAUCUCCUACGGCGAAUUUCUCGCCGGGUGUCGGCGACUCGGGAUCUCGGAUAUCCAGAAAAAAACACCCAUCCCCAUCCAAUUUGUCAUGCAAAGGCAUGCAUAGUUUCCAGUGUUUGUCAUGCAAAAAAUGGAUGGGGAUGGGUGUUUUUUCCUGGAUCUCGGAGAAUCUGUACCUGAUCUGGUGCGACGUGCUGGGGAUCCAGCACAUGGAGGAUAUCGCGAAGGGGCUGCCCCCGAACGCGAUAUGAGACUGCACAACUACCCCUCCCCCUCAUUUGUAAUGCAAAAUACCAAACUCGCACGUUGCUCGUGAGCACUGUCAGCAUGACAAGGUUUGGACCCUCAAAUAGUACUACAAUCUGCAUGCAGAUUUGUCACGCGAAAGCCCCUUUUCUGCUGUUGCUUGUGUUGCUGUUCAUGCAAUACAAAUGAGGGGGAGGGGGAGUUGUGCACUCUCAUACGCGAACAAGCACAAGCACAAGGAGCAGAUGUCGCCGACCGAGAAAUUGAAGACGAUGCUGGCCAGCCCGCUCCCCGUGCGGAACGUGCAGCCGGACCUGAGCCCGCGGAUGCGGAACUGCGGCAGCAGCAUGUCGCCGAGCCGGUUGCGGCAAUUACCGCACUUGAACGGCACCGGCACUACUUCCGCGAACGACGACAAGAUGAAGUCGCCAAAUUCGUCCCCGAGGAGUUUCUCCCCCUCCCCCCCGGGGUCCCCCCCGAAGCUGUCCGACUUGAUGUACCAGCUCAAGUCGAAACACUCCCCGCUGGACUCCAUCGAAUUCAGCUCCAAGCACGGGAGCAGCAGCCAGUUCUGGCUCGGAGUGGACAUCAAGUCCAACGACUUCCGCAAGAGGAAAAGGUACCUGGACAAGCACAACAAGGCUUUGUCGCUCAUGCUCUACCACCUGGACGAGGAAGCGGAUUUUCUACUCACCCGGUUGUCAGAACUAAUCCGGGAAUAUUCGCUGGAGGAUGUCUGGACGGUGCUGGACCCGAACAAUUUUGUCUCCAUUUCCUCCAAGGAGUUUCAACACCAGUGUCGGGAGCUGGGGUUCACGAAAUUGGAGGGGAAGCGCCUGUUUGAAGCCUUAGACGUGCACGCGUCGGAUUUGCUCACGGUCGAGGAGCUGCAGUUUUUGGAGAAGUGGAAUUUCCCCCGGGAACAGGAGGAGCAGGACGUCGCGCGGGGCAACGUGACGCAGCACUGCUACAAGUACACGCAGCAGCGACACAUCAAGCAGCGGAGAAGAAACAUCCACAUGACGUAUUUGAACCUGCAAGAGUCCAAGCACAAAAACGUGCUCGCGACCUACUCCAAGGAGGUGAGCUAUGCAUUGCAAAAGUAACGUACUAGUAUAAAUUGCAUUACAAAUUUUGGCAAGAAAAAAAUGGAAUUUGUAAUGCUGUUUUACCUUAUGAGGAAGAUUUUUCAUGCGUAUUUGCAAUUAGUACGAGUGCGAUAUUUUUGCGCAGCAUAUGAACAGUCCGACCGCGAUUUCGCAGACGAAAAGCCCCUUCACGGAGCGGCAACUGGAGUUGCGGAAAAACUCCAUGCUGCAGGACUGAGGGGCCAAUGGGAGCUGGAGUUAAGUCGUGGCUUUUCUUUUUAUAUCGUGAUACUCACUUCAAAUUCGAUGGAUUUCGCCGAGGCGGGGGAACACGAACCACGAUAGACUUUGUACUUUUUCUCAGCUUGCUGGUCCUCGUGGACGAGAUAUUGCAAAUGCUUGGAACAACACAACAAAGACAAACAAUCGUAGAUUCUAAAUUAUACACUUCCUUGCUUUCAGUCACAAGAAGAGCAUGAUAAUUGCAGUCACGAGAAAUCCAGAAGUAGAAGUCGUCCUCAGGUCUAUUGUUUUGUUGAUUCCCAGACCUCAUACGCACGUCUGUGGGUGAUAUGUCUGAUCUUCCGUUUCAAAUUUAUCUUUUUUCAAAUUUUAGAACAGCACUUUGUUAUUCAUUUAUGCGUGUAAUUUCGCUAUUCAUUGACAGCAAUAGUGCAGUAAUUCGCACUGGUUUAUUUAGCUUUGUUUUCAGUUUGCAAUUCUUCGACGAGAAGAUCUAGUGUCUUUCAUUUGUAUUUCAUAUUCGACCACGACGGAAAACUCUUUUCAUAGUGUACAUUGUUUUUUGCCAAUUCAAUUUUUUGCUUUCUUGAUUUGAUUUCCUAGGUUUCGAGCUUCUCGCAAAUGUACCAUAUUUUUGACCCCGCAGCUGGGUACUGACAUCGUUAUUAUUUCGUGGCGAAAGUUCUUUGUGACGGAUUACGCUUACCCCGGGAGCGGUCAUGACGCAGUCACAACGCACCCGGGAGCGGUCAUGAUACUCAAAUGACUGCUGCUUAUGGCGGAUUGUGGUCACUUCUAUCCAGCAAGCCGGUAGACAUGUUCCCUCCCGGAUUACUCUUCCUGCAAGCAACGCUGC